UCAGAUAGCAAUUGAUUACACAGGAAGAGUGCUAUAGUUUCAAUGGACUGGCUUAAUAGUGGUCUGCAAAAAGUUUUUGCAAAUCAUAAAGGAAAAGUAUUUGGUAACUCUCACUUCAAAUUAGAGGUGCCUACUCUUUAAAUGGAUAAGACUAAGCAAGGGUUGGGUGCCAAGGAAAUCACAGGGCACCUUACGUUCCCACUGUUGGCGGUCUCAUUGCUCUCUUCCUUUGGAUCUUCUAUGCUCUAUGGCUACAACUUAGCAGUGGUGAACUCGCCAAGCGAGUACAUCAAAGCAUUUUACAAUGCCACCUGGUACCAAAGAUAUGGGCAACCACUGGCCGAGAGCCCACUUACCAUUAUGUAUUCCUUAACGGUGUCUGUGUUUGCAUUGGGUGGAAUGGCUGGAUCUUUGCUAGUUGGGGUACUUGUGUCCAGGUUUGGAAGGAAGGGGACUGUAAUUUGGAGCACACCAUUGGUUUUCCUUGCUGGUGGUUUGAUGGGAUUCAGUCGUUUCUUUCAAUCGCCAGAAAUGGUAAUCAUUGGGAGAUGUAUCACUGGCAUUCACUCAGGUAUUUCCCUAAGUGUGGUUCCAAUGUAUUUGGGUGAAAUUGCCCCAAAGAAUUUACGUGGAUUUUUGGGCAUGUUCCCUAGUAUCUUUAUCUGUCUUGGGGUUUUCUGUGCACAAGUUCUUGGCCUUCCAGAACUUUUGGGUCAGGACGAAUCCUGGCCCCUCUUUCUUUCCUUGGUUGUGAUUCCCACCUUUAUUCAGCUGAUGCUCCUUCCAUGGUUCCCAGAAAGUCCUCGUUAUCUUCUCAUUGAUAAAAACAAUGUGCAUGGCACUAUAGAUGCUCUUCGUUGUUUCCUUGGAGAAUACGAUGUUCAAGAUGUUGUUGAGGAAAUGCAAGAGGAACAACAGUCGCUCUCAUCAGUGAAUACCAUUUCAGUGUGCCAGCUUUUGUUAGACCACUCGCUGUUCUGGCAAACCUUAUCUGUAGUGGUGCUUAAUAUGGGCAUGCAGCUAUCUGGAAUUGAUGCGAUCUGGUUCUACACCAAUUCCAUAUUUGAAAAUGCAGGAAUCCCUUUAAAUGAGAUACCGUAUACCACUGUGGGGACUGGUGCAAUUGAAAUAAUUGCAGGAUUACUUGGGUGUUUUACAGUUGAAAAACUGGGUAGGCGCCCUCUUAUAAUUGGUGGAUUCAGUUUCAUGGGUUUCUGCUGUGCUGGAAUAACAGUAGCACUUGUGUUUCAGGCGAGGAUACCCUGGAUGCGCUAUGCUAGUGUGGCUUGUGUUGUUGGGAUUAUUGCUGGCUUCUGCAUAGGACCAGCUGGACUUCCCUUCAUAAUGACUGGAGAACUUUUCAAACAAUCCCAUCGCCCUGCUGCUUACAUUGUGGGUGGAACCCUGAACUGGCUGUCCAACUUUACAGUGGGAUUUGUCUUCCCAUUCUUGCAGAUGUCAGCCGGAGCAUUUUGCUACAUGGUCUUCUGUGGGAUUUGCCUGUUUGUAGCUACAUACGUUUACUUCAUCAUCCCAGAAACCAAGAACAAAACCUUUAUGGAGAUUAGUGAAAUGUUUUCCACUACAAAGUCUUUGACUACUCCAAUAUCUACUGUGGACGAUGUAAAACUAAAAAUGUUAAAUGGGUAUGGUGCUUUUGAGAGCAGCUCAAUAGAAUACACAAUGUCUAUGUCUUGAAAAUGACCACAGAGACUUUCUGCAGAAGAGGAGCUUGCAGGAUAGAAUACAACUUAUCUUAGAAAUGCCGUGCCCAAUGUGAAGAUAUCUUUGUAUUUAUAUCUCGGGAAGCUGUAUGUGUAAUUAUAAAAAAAAAAAAUCUAAAACAUAAGAGCACAUGACUGUAAGUAUACACAAUAGUGUAAUUUACUGUAAUAUCUUAAUAAAGUCUUCAUUGUCACAA